AUUCAAGAUAAAUUCUCAUAAUAUUAUUAUAUAUUAACAAAUUUACAAAACAUUAUCCUUCUGCAAGAACAACUUAAAACUUCCCAUUUCCUUUUCUUUUUCUUUUGCAUUCUAAUAAAAAGAAUAUGUUUGCUAAAUUGUGUAUUUUCUUUUUGAUUGCGAUCACAACUAUGGUCGUAGGAGUACCUCUAGAGGAAUCAACAAAGAAUGGAACUUUGGUUUCCAAAAGGGCAACACCUACCGUCUGUAAAGACCAUAACCACAGUGAGCUUGUAAACUCCUGGUGCAAUACAAAGUCAUCAGUAACGGUUAUAUGCGCAAAUAAAGAUUUUCCAGGCACUUUUACAUCAGAUACUAUUCAAUGUAAUAGCGACGAAGUUUGUGUUGAUUAUUUUGCAACAGAGAAGAGCGCACAAGCACAGUGUGCUGUAUCGUACAAGAGAUGGGACAAUGCUAAUAGUAUAACUCCCUGUUCAAGUACUGCUUCAUACAGAGGAGGAACACCAAUAGAUAUAGCACUUGCAACAUAUGAUGUGAAUGGGAAUCCGAUACAAGUAGCUCAAUUUGCUAUAUAUCUGAAUAAUCAUGAAAUUGCAACUACCUUUAAUCGACACAAUGUAAGCACAAUACUCUGGGAUUAUAAAAACGAUAAUGAUGAUAGUUUUGAAUCAUGUUUCUCAUUUAGCAGUACUGCGAGAGUAACUGGUUAUUUUGCUGCUUUUGGGGCUGUAUAAAAAAAUUAGUAUUUUUUUUAUAUAGGGAUAAUAUACUUAGUCAAUUUCUCUUCAAUCCCAUUCCC